AUGCGAAGAGCGGCGGGAGAAACACUGCGACUCUAUACCGAGCGUUACUGGGAAGUCUAUAACCUGAUUCCCGACUGUGAUCAAGGGGUAGCAGCCGAGUCUUUCAUGAAUGGGUUGGAUCCAACCUCGACAAUGUUUCGUGACCUCUCACGAAAUCCACCUAAGACAAUGGGAGAGCUCAUGACAAUAAUCGAGAAAGAUUGCGUUCACGAAGAAGCAAUGGCCGAGCGACAUACAUCAAAGGCUGAACCUGCCAAGACGAUAGGGCCGAAGAAGCAGGUAUCGAACGUUCGCCAAGGGCAAGGAAGCCAGGGUAGCUCGGGCCAGGCAUCGAACAAAUCGAACAACAAGGGCCGACCCCCGCAGCACCCUCAGCCACAAUCCUGGACACAAACGAAAAGAGAACCCCGACCGGACGAAUACGUCGCCGAACGCACGGUAUUCACUGAACCUAUUUAUAAACUUCUUAACAUCAUUGGCAAAUUGUCGUUCUUUGUUUGGCCAACGGUACUCUUAGGCACCGUAGGAAGCGGACCGGGGAUGUGCACGUAUCAUAAAGAACGUGGCCAUUACACCACGCAAUGCCCAUCUUUCAAAAGGUAUCUAGAAGAGCUAGCAGCUGCUGGUCACCUCAACCAGUGGAUCGACGUUCGGCAAAAUCCACUUCCUCCACCUCCCCCCCUUGUUGGCAAUCUCGCGAGCGUCAUACAAGGACUUGUAUCCGAAGGAAGGGCGGCCGAACUUCGUUCAGAAAUAGACAGGGCUGUCGCCUCUGAAUCAGUCUGCAAUGUGGGCGCUUCGGGAAAGCGAAAGUGGGAAGAUCCGAGCUCCAGCUGUACCAUGACUUUUUCUUCCGACGACUUGAAAGGAGUGCAACUGCCACAUGCAGAUGCCCUCGUCGUUACUAUUGCCAUUGAAAAAUCAACCGUACAGCGGGUAUUGAUAGAUCCGGGAAGCUCGGCCGAUGUCAUGUUUUUCUCUACUUAUCAGAGCCUCGGAUUAUCUCCCGCUCAACUCCGGACAGCGUCAGCUCCCCUUGUCAGUUUUACGGGAGUCCCGGUAUGGCCACUCGGCCUGAUUACCCUCCCUGUGCGAGCUGGAUCACGCAUCCUGGAGAUCGAAUUUGUGGUGGUCGCUUCGCCAAGUCCGUACAACGUCAUUCUUGGCCGAACCUGGCUACACGAAAUGCAAGCGGUUGCUUCAACAUAUCACCAGGUGGUAAAAUUCGUCGGAUGGAACGGACGAUAG